AUGCAUCAGACUGUCCCUAGCGCAGAGAUAUACGGUCCCGGAUCUUUCAUGGAUCGUGAAUUUCUAGCGAUUCCUGACGAUGCUCGCCGCAUAUUCAAGCUUUUAGCGCAGACUACCCCAGGAUUCACCGCGGACCCAGAUCUUUCCGACCAAGUGACCUUUGAAGGUGGCGCGGAACCGAUAGUACCAGGACCAAUUAAGGCUCCGCCCUUUGCUGCUGCUUUGCAUGCGAUGUGCGGGAUUGUCGCCAAUGAACUGCUGGAUGAAAGAGACGGAAAGUGGCCCGAGCGUCGUGUGGUUAUCAACAUCGAUCAUGCUGCUUUUUGGCUAGGUACUAUCGGCUUUGUCAAAUGGAACGGAAUGAGCCUUACCGAGAUUGCGAAUGAGGGAAAGCUCGGUGACCUUUACAAAACCGAUUUCGAAAAGGGAGCAUUUGCAACACCGCUUCGAAUGCGCGUCACCGGAAAUUAUCCCACAAAAGACCCUAACAUUUGGUAUCAGCUCCAUGGGUCUCUGAAUGCAGACCCGGUCCUCCAGGUAAUUGGAAUAGAUCCCGAAACGCCGUGCCAGACAUCAAAAGACGCCUAUGAACUUAUCAGCAAACACGUCCAGCAGUUCACCGCGGAUGAGCUCGAAAUGAAAAACAUCAAGCUUGGUCUCUGUGGAAAUACUUGUUAUACCCCAGAAGGGUGGCGGGCUACUCAAAUGGGCAAGCAGCUCUCACGACAUCCAUUGAUUAACUACAAGUUCCAGGCCCAUGCAAUGCCGACACCGCCUACACCCAUUCCUAAUACUUCUACCGACAAGCGUCCAUUGGCGGGUGUCAAAGUGAUUGAGCUGGUUCGAGUCAUUGCUGGACCCGUUGUCGGGACCACCUUAGCUGCCUUUGGAGCAGAUGUAAUUCGCGUGAAUUGCAGCCGCCUGCCCGAUUUCAACUCUCUUCAACUCACGUUAAAUGCAGGGGUUCGGACUAUCGAUAUUGAUCUCACAAGAGAAGACGACCUUGCGGUUCUCUCGGGUCUCAUCAAUGACGCCGACGUCUUUGUUCAAGGUUAUCGCCCUGGUGCGAUUUCCAGCAAGGGAUUAAGCAUCUCUAAUCUUCUAGAAAUGGCGGGUAGAAGAAACAAAGGUAUUAUUUACGUCGAGGAGAACUGCUACGGACCAGACGGACCAUUCUCUAGUCGACCAGGUUGGCAGCAAACUGGAGAUGCUGCUUCAGGAUGCUCCCAUGUGACUGGGCGCUCGAUGGGCCACACAGAUGGCACAAGUGUUCUCCCUUCGCUUCCUAUCCCAGAUAUGAUGACUGGGCUCAUCGGAACGCUCGGAGCUAUGAUGGGUCUUCGUGACCGUGCACGAAAGGGGGGCUCGUACCAUGUCUUUGCAUCACUUGCUGCCGCCGCAGCGUAUCCUUUGAGCCCCGAAGUCGGCUUGUACUCUCCUGAAAUGGUACAAAAAGUCGAUGAGAAGUUUCAAUGGGGCCCAAUGGACUCAUCCAUGUUUGUACUAGAGCUUUUGCAGGUUGUACUGGAUGGUUGGAACAAAGUUUGGCCCGACUUGUAUUCUCCUGAAUCACAGUUUACGACCAAGCUGAGAGGAGAAUGGGGCACAUUUGACUUACUUAAACCAGUGGUCAAGCUGGCAAAUGACAAGGUCUCGCCGGAAUGGAUAACAGCCCCAGUUCCCCACUGUUACUUCGAUGCGAAAACCACAUCCUGGCUGUGA